GACCUCCAGCACCUGAUUGCCGCGGCCUGUGUACUUGAGCUGGCAAAAGUCGAAGCCAGGCUGCCGGCGGAAGAGAUUGUGAAUUUCGCGAGCUUUAACAUCAUCCGGCAAACCGAAGAUGAACAGCGUGUCGAUCCCGUUACGAUCAAUAGUUGCCGUAGGUAAGGGCUGAGGUUGCUGUAAGUGGCUGUAAGGAUCGUACACCGACUGGGAAUAACGACGGGCAGUCAUCGAUUCAAAAUCUGAGCUGAAGGGAAACACAAAUUUCGACGAAUAAUUACACCGGAAGGAGGCGGUAAGAAAAUAGAGGAGCCCAAAUGCCCCAUUCGUACCAAAAGCCCAUUAUCGUUUCGGAAUGAAAACGGGUCAGGCUAGACCCGGACCAAAAGCAUCAGAAACCUAAAAGAAAACAAAAUUGAACAGAGCAGUCAUUUGAAGGGGGGAAAAUUCGGAAUCGGAGAGAAGACGCGUAGCUGUUCUCAAUCCUUUUUCAUGCAACGGAGGUUCGAGCUUCUAAUUUUUUGACUAGAAGGAUUCGGCAAAAUGUCUUGGUCAAGCCUUGCUAGGGCUAGGAGCUUUCAUCAGUAUCUCGUUACACCUUACCUGAAGUCGCUUAGUCAAACAAAUUCCUUUCACAUUCAGUCCAGCUCCACCAGAGCAAGCAGCAAUUACUACAGCAACGCCGACCGUUGUGGGUUGGAGGGAUUUAGGACGGCAGCGCAAAUUAGCAGUAAUAGUAGUUGCAGUGUUAAGCGGUAUUUUGCUACAACUGCAGCUGGUAGAUCUUCAGCUCCUACCGAGCAGAAGUCGAGGAAGACGUUGAUGUAUCUCACUGGAUUGGUAGCCGUAAUGGUGGGGUGUACAUAUGCUGCUGUUCCUCUUUACAGGACCUUUUGUCAGGCAACUGGUUAUGGUGGAACUGUACAGCGCCGGGAGACUGUUGAAGAGAAGAUUUCACGGCAUGCUAAAGAUGGAACUGUGGCAACAAGAGAGAUUGUGGUGCAGUUUAAUGCUGAUGUGGCUGAUGGAAUGCCGUGGAAGUUUAUUCCAACACAAAGAGAGGUGAGAGUAAAGCCAGGAGAAAGUGCCCUUGCAUUUUAUACAGCUGAGAAUCGCAGUUCAGCUCCAAUAACUGGAGUAUCUACCUAUAAUGUUACUCCCAUGAAGGCUGCUGUAUACUUCAACAAAAUACAAUGCUUUUGCUUCGAGGAACAACGUCUACUUCCGGGAGAACAAGUUGACAUGCCUGUCUUCUUUUACAUAGACCCUGAGUUUGAGACGGAUCCUAAGAUGGAUGGGAUCAACAACAUUAUCUUGUCCUACACUUUCUUCCGGAUUCCAGAUCAAUAAAUCUUGCAGCAUGUGAGGUUAUUGUUUGUACAUCUAGAUUCACAAUUUUUUUCCUGGACCGAUAUUCUUAGGAGCCAACUCAUGCAAGGUAACUUAGUUCCAUUAAAGAUAAUUCAGUACGAGACUGAUGUAUGUAUGAUCAAAAGAACAAAUAGAGAGCUCUGAAUUUUGAUGAAGUAGAGGUGUAUUAUUAAAAUACAUGCAUUUCACUCACCACAGUGUAAGUGGCAGGCAGGAAAUGUUGAUAAUAAGCUCAGGUUUUUCUCGAGUGAUUUGAAGUUGGAAGAAAUUCAAGCUGAUCAAUACUUACGGAGAUAAUAAGGUAGACACUGUAUACUAUGGAUCAAUACUACAGUAUAGUAUAUACAAGUCACUCGCUCCAAAUUGGAAGGCAUUUGUUUCGAAUUUCAGUUAAAUCUGUAUGCAACUUUCGUGCCUCAUUAGAAAGGUCAUUAUAGCAUCCUUCAACAAAUUGGAUUCAAGCCUCCGCACUUGGGAAAGAUGAAAUUUUCAAGACUGAAAUUAAGGUCCAUUUAGUUUUCAAACUCUGUGUGGGCGAUGCGAAGGUGACAGUGGUUAAAAGUUAUGAGUACAGUCGAAUGAUGUUUGUGAAAUGCAAAUUGGAUGAGAUUUUGGUUCAGCGUAACAAAUUUGCAAGAUUUGAA